UUCUCCUUCUCUCCCUCCAGCAGGGACCAAAGAGAUUUUCAGCUCUUGCCACAGCAGCUCACAAUGGACAGCGCCACAAAGAGUCUGUGAUUCCUUUGCAUCUCCCAGACACUUGACAGAAACCACAGCUGACAGCCAAUCUCAGCGUUCACUAGAGUCACCGAGACAGUGGGAAAGUGCUGCAAGAAAAGGAAAGAGGAAGUCUCCUUUGGAUUAUUUCUAAUAUAUUUAAGAUUUUCAGCCUUUAAUCCAAGCAGGCUUUUUCUGUAGUGUCUAAAACAGAAUCAGAACCAUGGAAGAAGACUUGGAUGAGGGGCAGACACAAAAAGGAUGCCUGGAAUGUUGCAUCAAAUGCCUGGGUGGCAUCCCGUACCCAUCCCUCGUAGCUACCAUCCUGCUGUAUGCGGGCGUGGCCCUGUUCUGCGGCUGUGGGCAUGAAGCCUUGUCGGGCACCGUCACAAUCCUCCAGAACUACUUUGAGGUGGUGAGGAGCCCUGUGGACGCACUGGAUGUCUUCACCAUGAUUGAUAUAAUCAAAUAUGUGAUCUACGGCAUUGCUUCGGCUUUCUUCGUCUACGGCAUCCUGCUGAUGGUGGAGGGAUUCUUCACCAGUGGAGCCAUUAAAGAUCUGUAUGGAGACUUUAAGAUCACCACCUGUGGGCGCUGUGUCAGCGCUUGGUUCAUCAUGCUGACUUACAUUUUUAUGCUGGCCUGGCUCGGAGUGACAGCUUUCACUUCCAUACCUGUCUUUAUAUAUUUCAACAUCUGGAAUAUUUGCCAAAAUGCUACUGGACUGGAGGGGGCCUCGCUGUGCCUUGACCCUCGCCAAUACGGCAUUGUCCCGCUUGCUGAAGCAAAAACCAUGUGUGCUGGAUCGGAGAAAUUCUACAAAAUGUGUGAAUCUACUGAGCUGGACAUGACGUUCCACCUUUUCAUCUGUGCCCUCGCUGGAGCAGGAGCUGCUGUUAUUGCAAUGAUCCACUACUUGAUGGUUCUGUCUGCCAACUGGGCCUAUGUGAAGGACGCCUGCCGCAUGCAGAAAUACGAGGACAUCAAGUCCAAAGAGGAGCAGGAGCUUCACGACAUCCACUCCACUCGCUCCAAGGAGCGUCUAAAUGCGUACACAUAAAGUCCAGUGCGAGGCCUGGCCCUGCCACUCCGGCCUCUGUCCCCCCUGUCUCUCCUCUUGCUUUCUAUCUGUCUCUCUCUACCAUCCCCUCCCGAGGGGGGGGCGGAUGGCGCCUAGGGCCCUCGGCACUGCUGAUGUAACUGGUGCGUCAUGUGACAAUGUGGUCUGGGGGGGGGUGCUUCACACAAAGCUCCUUCUUCACAAGCAGCAUUUUAAAUGAAAAAAGCCCCUUUACCUCUCUCAUGGAUGGGUUUUUAUAAUUAUCAUUAUGGCAGUUGUAUUAUUCUUGAAUACGUUGAAUACGUUCUGAAUUGUUUAGUGCCGAUUUAGUGGUAGUUUUAGUGUAGUUAGUAGAAUCAGAGGUAGCAGUAAUAUUUCAGCCCCUUUAAGUUUUAUUAUAAUUUGUGUAUUAAUCUUUUUUUUAUUCUGUAAUGAUUACCAUUUUGCUCUAAUUCAUAAUUUAUUUCUUUUUUAUUGAUUUCGGAAGAGGUCAACAGGGGCUUUAUAGGGUUUUCAAGCACAUUUCUCAUGUUGAGUGCGUGGAGACUUCAUGUGUAGGAGCUGUGUAUUUUAAAUGAAUGAGUGCUUAGUUUUUCAAAAAUAUUUUGCAUCUCACAGCUAUGAAAAAUUGUAAUCUUUUGCCAGUUUUCCCAGGGUUUAAGACACUUUCACAACAAGAAAAACAACUAUUCAGUUUGUUUUUUCCUGUAAAGUAGCAAAACAACUAAAUAUUAAAUACCAAAACAAUGUACAAAAUAUGUGCUAAACAGAAAUUUUUGAAUUAUUAUAAAUUUCAAAGGAGGAAUUAGCCACUUUAAUUUUAAUUGAGGGUUAUAAACAUGUCAUUUAAAUGUAUUUUAAGAAAACAGAACUUUAUAAAUACUAAUCUACUGUUUAAGCAAAACUCUGCAUUGUACAUAUGGUUAAAUCAAAGCUCAUCUUUAUGUUUUUGCACUAAUGUUUAAAGAUAAUUCUCAUUGGGAUAAAACGAGAUAUGUCCAGUCUCCACACUUUAAUCUAAAAUACAAAGAAUAAAGUUUCUGAGAAGUUUCUGCUGUAAGUCGCUCCUUGGAGGAAUUUUAAGACGUGUGUCACAGAUUUUAUUUUUUGUGUUUAUGACACUAACUGUGUUGCCUACACAUUUCGCCAUGCGGCUGCAGAGAUGGCCCGUCACUUCAUUGCCUGCUCAUUGUGAUCAGCAUCUCUCAAACCCCUGUUUCAUGCACUGAUCUGACUUUCUGUGCUCUCUAGAUGUAACCGCUUUGGUGUUCAACUGAAAGUUGGAUAACUGUUCUGUUAGUAAAGACUGUGAAUUUACUAUAGAUGUUCUUUGUGGCAUGGAGAUUCAUUGGUAUAGUCCUAUUGACUCAAAAGUUAAUUUACUUCUUUAUUUUUGUAAUUUAGACUGUCUUGCUGGGUCAGCCCUAUGUUUAUAUGUGCAGUGAUGAACCUCCCAAUCUCACUACGUUUUAUUACUCUGAUAUUAGACUGUAGACUUUGAGUUGUGUCUAUUUGGUUUGUGAUGAGCUUUCAACCAUGUCUUAAAGCUGAUUCUUGCACCUACAUGAUUUACUCUGUAAUGAUGAGAAAAAAAUGCUUUCAGCUUCCUUCUCGUAUUAGUCUUUUGUACUUUCACUACAGAUGCGUAAUUUGGGGCUUUAAAGGAAAUUUGUUUUGUACAUUCAUGUGCCAACAGCUUCAAGUGGCUUAUUUGACCUGUAUGAUCAAAUUUGCUUGCAUAAAUAAAAUUCACUUGUGUACUUGUUAAUAAUUGC